GCACUCACGUGACGCGCGGCGCUCGUGCAGCGCGCAGCAGCAUGGAGCUCAGGGAGCUGUCGGCGGUAGCAGCGCUGGUUCUGGCUCUGACCGGGGCUCUGACCGGGGCUCUGACCGGGGCUCGGGGCUCCUGUCCCCCGUACAACCUCAGCGACGCUCGGGGCCUCGGGAGGACUUUUGACGGAAUAGGAGGUUUGAGCGGCGGAGGGGCGACGUCUCGGUUACUGGUGAAUUACGCGGAGCCGUUCCGCAGUCAGAUCCUGGACUUCCUGUUCACGCCCGGUUUCGGAGCAUCUCUGCACAUCCUGAAGGUGGAGAUCGGAGGAGACGCUCAAUCUACCGAUGGAACGGAGCCGUCACACAUGCACCAUGAGGAUGAUGAGAACUACUUCAGAGGGUACGAGUGGUGGCUAAUGAAAGAGGCCAAGAAGAGGAACCCAAAUAUCACACUGAUGAGUCUUCCCUGGGCCUUUCCUGGUUGGGUGGGUCAUGGGAAGAAUUGGCCCUAUGACUUCCCAGACAUAACUGCAGCCUACGUGGUGAACUGGAUCCUGGGAGCCAAGCAGUACCAUGACCUGGACAUUCAGUACGUCGGGAUCUGGAACGAGCGAAGCUAUGACAGCAAGUACAUCAAGCUGCUGCGCUACACUCUGGAUAAGCGUGGCCUGGAGACAGUCAGGAUCGUAGCCAGUGACAACCUGUGGGAGCCCGUUGUCCGGUCCGUGCUGCUCGACCCAGAGCUCAGCGGAGCCGUAGACGUGAUCGGGGCCCACUACCCCGGCACCAACUCGCCGGAGGAGGCCCUCAAGACGCAGAAGAAGCUGUGGGCGUCCGAGGACUACAGCACAUUCAACGAUGAGGUCGGAGGAGGCUGCUGGGCUCGUAUCCUCAACCAGAACUACGUCAACGGACUCAUGACUGCCACCAUCUCCUGGAACCUGGUGGCCAGCUAUUAUGAGGACCUGCCCUUCAGCAGAGACGGGCUGAUGACGGCUGAGGAGCCCUGGAGCGGCAACUACGUGGUGGAGUCUCCUAUCUGGAUCACAGCCCACACCACCCAGUUCACUCAGCCCGGGUGGACCUACCUGCAGACUGUUGGCCAUCUGGCACAAGGAGGAAGUUAUGUGGCGCUGACUGAUGGGAAGGGAAACCUCACUGUUGUCAUAGAGACCAUGACUCGUGAUCAUUCCGUGUGCAUAAGACCUCCGCUCCCUCCCUUCAAUGUGACAUCCCAGAAUGCAACUUUUCAGCUAGAGGGAUCCUUUGCCUCCAUCAAGGAGCUCCAAGUUUGGAGGUCACAGUUUAACUUUAAAACCAAAAAGUCCUCCUUCUUUGAGAAACUACCUCCACAGAAGCUUUUCAAUGGAUUAUUCACUAUUGAACUGGCUGAAGAUGAAGUUUACACAUUUACCACCAUUACCAGCGGGCAGAAGGGCAGCUACCCCCCCUCCCCCCCCUCCGCUCGCUUCCCCAAAGUCUACAAGGACGACUUCAACGUGCGAAACCCCCCUUUCUCAGAGGCCCCCAACUUCGCUGACCAGACGGGCGUCUUUGAGUACUACGUGAACAUGAGCGACCCCGGACCUCACGUCUUCACCUUACGACAGGUUGUGACCGAGAGACCCGUCACGUGGGCGGCUGAUGCUGACCAGACCAUCAGUGUCGUAGGGGACCAUCAGUGGGGGAACCUGACGGUCACGUGUGACGUCUUCAUGGAGCGCGUGAAGACGGGCGGCGUGUUCAUAGCGGCCCGGGUGGAUAAAGGAGGCCAGUCGGUCCGCAGCGCCAGAGGAGUCUUCUUCUGGGUGUUUGCAGACGGGACGUACAAAGUGACCAACGACCUCGCUGGACAGACCGUGCUGGCAGAGGGAAGGUCUGGGACCCGAGCCUACGGCUGGCACACGUUGUCCCUCACCGUGGCAGGUCAGUACGCGUCUGGGCUGCUGAACGGGUACCCGCUGUGGAAGAACGCUGUGGUGCUGAGCCCAAAGAGCGGCUGGGCGGCCAUUGGAACCGCCUCAUUUGAGCCGGCUCAGUUUGAUAACUUCGCUGUGGUGGCAGAAUAUUGAUUUAAAUCAAAUAAAAAUGUUCCCCAUCUUCUAGUUGCUGACAUAUUAAAAGCUUAAUUCUAAAGCGUCUCUACAGUUUGCUAAUAAAUAGAUUGUUUUUUUGUACCAAGGUGUUUACGGGGAAAUAAUGGUUAAUGUUUUAAAACCUGUCUAAUAAAACUGGUGCAACCAAA